UCCGGCGGAGACAGACAGAGGAGAUGGCGGCUAGAGGUGGUUUUCAAUCGGCCCCAACUGGUGGUGGAGGCGGUGGAAUGGGACCUGGACCCCCAGUACCUGGUGGUGGACCAGGUAUGGGACCUGGAACUCCGUCGGGAAGGAUGGGACCCUCUUCGGGCGCACAGAAUCACCUUUACCGCUCCCCAAUGCCUGGGCCUGGAUACCCGAGACCAGGGAUGCCCCCAUCAAGCCGCAUGCCCCCUCAGGGCCCCCCCAUGGGCCCCCCGGGGUACGGCUCCAGCCCCGUGUCCCGGCCUGGGAUGCCCGUCAUGGACCCCUCCAGGAAGAGACCCGCCCCCCAGCAGAUGCAGGUCCAGCAGCAGAACCGCAACCAGCAUCACAUUGUUUUGACGUCUCUCCGCAGCACCAAGAAGAAGAAGAUGGCCGACAAAAUCCUACCUCAGCGGAUCCGGGAGCUGGUCCCAGAGUCCCAGGCCUACAUGGACCUGCUGGCGUUCGAGAGGAAGCUGGACCAGACCAUCAUGAGGAAACGUCUAGACAUCCAGGAGGCCCUGAAGAGACCCAUCAAGCAAAAGAGAAAGCUUCGUAUUUUCAUAUCCAACACCUUCAACCCUGCCAAGCCUGAUGCUGAGGAUGGGGAGGGGACCGUUGCAUCAUGGGAGCUCCGUGUCGAAGGUCGCUUGCUUGAAGAUACGGCUGUGUCCAAGUAUGAAGCCACCAAGCAGAAGAGGAAGUUUUCCUCCUUCUUCAAGUCUCUGGUGAUCGAGUUGGACAAGGACCUGUAUGGGCCAGACAAUCAUCUGGUAGAGUGGCACAGGACUGCCACCACCCAGGAGACUGAUGGUUUCCAGGUGAAGAGGCCAGGUGAUGUGGGUGUGCGCUGCACUGUGCUUCUCAUGCUUGACUACCAGCCCCCUCAGUUCAAGCUGGACCCGCGCUUGGCCCGUAUGCUGGGGAUCCACACCCAGACCAGGCCGGUCAUCAUCCAGGCGCUCUGGCAGUAUGUGAAGACCCACAAGCUGCAGGACCCCCAUGAGAGAGAGUUCAUCAACUGUGACAAGUACCUGCAGCAGAUCUUUGAAACCCAGCGGAUGAAGUUCUCUGAGAUCCCCCAGCGUCUCCACGCCCUCCUAAUGCCUCCAGAACCAAUCAUCAUCAACCAUGUCAUCAGCGUUGACCCCAACGACCAGAAGAAGACUGCCUGCUACGACAUCGACGUGGAGGUGGACGACACUCUGAAGACCCAGAUGAACUCCUUCCUGCUCUCCACAGCCAGCCAGCAGGAGAUCGCAGGGCUGGACAACAAGAUACAUGAGACCAUUGAGACCAUCAACCAGCUGAAGACCCAGAGAGAGUUCAUGCUCAGCUUCGCCAGGGACCCUCAGGGCUUCAUCAACGACUGGCUGCAGUCCCAGUGCAGAGACCUCAAGACCAUGACUGACGUGGUGGCCAACCCUGAGGAGGAGCGCAGGGCAGAGUUCUACUUCCAGCCCUGGGCCCAGGAGGCUGUGUGUCGCUACUUCUACUCCAAGGUUCAGCAGAGACGGCAGGAGCUGGAGCAGGCUCUGGGGAUCAGGAACACCUGAGAACCUCGGGAACACCUGAGGAGCACCUCCGCACACGCAGAGGAGGGUUGUGUGGGACAUCAACUCUCCUGAUUGGACAGAUAUAGUUAUAGAGUGCUUUAUUGCUACAUAGAUAUAGAAUCUUGUUUUUAACGUGACCAUGCAGCUCGGUGUGUAUUUUUGAUGAGGUUGCCCCCGUCCCCUCAGUUUUGUCUUGUUGAAGCCCAUGCUGUCUCACUCUGAACCUGGCGUGUUGCUUCACAUGCGUCUAUGCCUUACCUCCUAAGCAUUCCUGCUAUUAUGAAAUAGGGCGCCCCUUUACCCUCGGCACAGGUUCCAUAUAACUAAUGGAAUUGUAUUUUCUGUAAUUGCAACAUAUGUGUCUUGAAUCCUGAACUGAAUUGAUAUGAAUAUAGCACACACUACCAUUCGGUCUUCUAGGUUAGAAAUGGCCUGGUUGGUAUAUUUGUUUGUUGAUAUGUGAUUGUCACAUACACAUCUAUGACAUCUUCAUUUUAGGUUACUUUCUCAAAGUGUGAUGCUGAAUUCUCCCUCAAUGCUCAGCCACUGCAGACUCUACUGUACCUCUGAAACUGUGGCCAUGCAAUGUGUGUGUUCAUUUAGUCGGUUUUCUCCAUUGGGCAAUUUCAUUCAGUCUUCAACAGAUAUUUGUUUAUGUUGAUAUUCUUUGUGUUAAAAAAGAAAAAGGAAAAAAAAAAGAAUAUAUUAAGACUUGUCUUGUUAGUUGGUAAAGAUUAUUCAGGAAGUAGUGAUAGGACCUAGUCUUUAUAGUCUCGUAAAUACUGAGCAGAAAAAACAGAGCUCUGAUCUGGAGGAAAGCGUGUCUGUUCUGUUUCCACGACGACAGAUCCUCUGGUCUCUGUGAAGCUCAGUUAGUUUUUGAUAUGUAACCAGAUUGUUAUACCCCGUUCAGUGAUCCCUGUGUUUUACACCAGAAGAUUUUUCAUAAUCACCUCAGAUGUGCUGGUUUUGUAAAGGUCAGGAGAAGCUGAAAGCCCACACUGUGUUAGGUGAAGGUUGAUUUAUUCUGCUAUGAUCUGCUUUUGAAUUAUUUUUAUUUGUUUAUUUUUGUAUUGCCGUUCUGUGCUGAAGCCAUAUUCACUGGAGAAAGUGUAGUGAUGUGGUCACUAUUAGGUGUGGCUUCUUUAAGCUUGGUUUUUUUUUUGAUUGUUUGAAUGUCCAGGUGGGGUGGCUUCUGUUGUGUCCUGUAUGAUGACAUUAUUUAGGCACAGCGUGGAUUCUUUGUUUCCUAACUACUUCCUGGCCAGAACAUUUGGAUUUCCUUACAUGAUGUUUCCCUAAUAAAGAAAAUGCCCAAUUUCACUGACCACAAAUGAAGACUAGUUAAGAGCUGAGAGAAUCUUUUAAUAGACAAUCUCAACAAUGUUUUAUAAUAUAAGACUAUAGGCAUGAUCUGUGUUUCAGACAUUACUUUACAAAAUGUUUGAGAUGAAAACCAGUGGGGAUAAAGGAGCAUUAUAAGGACUGAUCUUGUAAUUGAAUUGUCAUACUUAUAAUUUUUCAUGGACCAAACCUAUUUUUCUGUAUGUUUUAAUCCUAUGCUAUAAUAAAGGAAAUCUUAAUUGAC